GCUCGCAGAGCCUUAACCGCGGCCACUCGCUGUCGCGCACUGAUGGCACCUGGUGACAUCACGGGACCGCGGGCAGCAUAGUGCAGUGCGCCGAGUGCGGCACGCGCACGAUGGGCAAUAAGUUGUCGUCGUGCUCCUGCGCGCCCAUACUCCGCAAGGCGUACCGCUAUGAGGACAGCCCGUGGCAGAACUCCCGACGACGUGACGGACACUUAUUAAGACUUUGGGCGGAGGUGUUCCACGUGUCCGCGAGCGGCGCGGGCACUGUGAAGUGGCAGCAGGUAUCGGAGGACCUGGUGCCUGUCAACAUCACCUGCAUACAGGACUCGCCCGAGUGUGUUUUCCACAUCACCGCCUACAACUCACAGGUCGACAAGAUCCUCGACGUUAGACUACUGCAGCCAGGUACCCGUAUCGGGCAGGCGUCGGAAUGCUUCGUGUACUGGAAGGACCCCAUGACUAACGACACUUGGGGAUUAAACUUUACUUCUCCCAUUGAUGCCAAACAAUUUAGAGAAUGUUGUUCACCAUCGUUCAAAUUUUCGCGCAAAGCGUCGUCGAGUUACAGUUUAAAAUUAGAACCCCCGGGGAGCAAACAGAAGUUUAAAACUAAGAGGAAACCAGUCUCCACACCAGCCAGUCCCAAUCGAUCAAGCUUGACCUACGGCCGUGAGCCGCAAUGCACCUGUAUGUCCCAAGAACAAUACGCCAGAUUAAGAGCCCAAGAUCCACGAUAUCGUUCAUCAACUCUACCGCGUACAACGACUCGCGCUAUAGAAACAGAUGCUGCUGCUGCGGGCACCGCCAACAGAGCCGACAAGGUCGCCGCUGCCACCUCUUCUACAUCGCUGUACGAUAAUGUCGCUAAUUCACAACCGACAAAUCAGCCACCGCCUAAACCGGCUGCUCGUCAAGCUGAGACUCAGCCACCGCAGCGUCCUCCUAAGUCGCAGGAGACGUCGACCAUGACCACCAACACCUCCACAGCACCCAAAACUGUCACGGCUUCUGUCGGCACACAUGGCACUAAUACAUCUGAGGAGUCACAAGGAGCUACUGGCUCAAGUCAGCACAAUCAAGAUCUGAAAUCGGAGGGAGUGCAGGCCGGAGGCACACUUACCACCUCGAAGUCCUCCUCGACUUCGACACGCUCUAACAAGGAACACUUGCAGCACAUGCCCAAGAGCGUUGACUACGGAGACGGCAACGAAUCCUCACGUGAAUCGGAAAAGCACGCGAUGCAUCAUCAUAACGUUAUCAACAACAAUACUUCGGGUUCGCGUCGCACUAAAUCUAAGAGCACUGAAGACAUGAAUAUGGAUUCGAGCACCCUGAAACGAAUGCUGAAGCCGAUGCCUUCAACCGAGAGUCCCGUGACGUCGCCGGAGAUGGGCCGACGGCGGUAUGGUGCGGCUUGCCCGCCGACCUGCGCGCACGCGCACGCACACCGCCCGCACCCGCACCCACAUGCGCACCCGCACUACUCGCAUGUCAAUAACAACAGUCGGCAAAGCUCGCAACGCCGUGGCGUGGGAGUGGGCGCAGCUCCCAGCGGGUAUCCGGGUCGCGGCCUGUACCUGGAGCUGGGCGGGGGCGAGCGCGACCUGUCGCCGCCCUCAGACAACGUGAUGUUCGACAACCAAUGCUACGCCACCACGCCAUCCUCGUCAAAUGGCAACUCGGACCAAGAGCCGUGCCAGCGCAGAGAUCCUCGCAUGCAUCAUCAUCCGAAGCCGUGUCUGUCACGGCAAGCGUCGCAGUCGAGCGCGACACCUGCGCCUGGCUCGCCCACCUCGCGACUUCUGCUCGAGUACGAGAUGCACUUGCGCAACACGCUCGCCAAGGGAAUGGACGCUGAGAGUUACAGCCUGCACACAUUUGAAGCUCUGCUCAGUCAGAGUAUGGAAGAUCUGGAAUACAACGACAACAUGCCGCCUUCAAAUCAGCGCAGCCCAUAUCCACCGCGUAGACGCCCCGCUUCGCAAUGUUCGGGCGGUGGCAGUCGAUCCUCCACUCUGCCGCUUCCGCAUCGCCUCGGUGUCGAAAGGCAGCACAGCGCCAGAUCUGAUCGAGACGGAUAUUAUAGCGACCGUAACGAGCUAAUGCGCGAGAGGGAAAGGGAGAGGGAGAGGGAGCGCGGGUACCUCAGCGAUCAUAACACAAGGGAUCGCAAUCGGGACCGUGAUCAGGGAUACUUGAGCGAUCACCAAUCAAGCUUCGUCAGUGCGUCACGUUGCGCGUCGUGUAUUGGCGAGUCGGCGCGUUCCGCGUGGUACCGGCACUCGGAUGGGUGGCGUGGACAGCCGCCGCCACGUCGCUCGCCAUGGGACUCCCUGCCCAGCCUGCGACACGAGGGGAGUCUCAACGACUCCGGCUACAGAAGCAAUAGAGCCGAUAGCUUUGAACAAAGGGGCGUAUUCGACCGUCAAGAUAGCGUGCGCUCAGAGUACGCAAGCGAUCGCGAGUCAACGCGCUACGGCAUCGUGCAGCAGGCCUCCGUCGACAGCACCGACUCCAGGAUAUGCUAUCUCACUUCCAGCGAGAUAUCGGACGAUGAUCGCAUGUCGCUGACGACUGCGGUAUCAGACGAAGAAGAGGCAGGGGAGAGCGCGAUGAACUCUCCUUACAAGGGCAAGCAGACUGGCGCCGCUGCGGCAUCCUUCAACUGCACCGGCGCCGUGAGAAAAGCGGGAUUCCUGAGCGUGAAGAAGUGGUUGCUACGUAAAAAACAUCAGAUCGAAUUGGCACGGAAACGAGGCUGGAAGGGAUAUUGGGUCUGUCUGAAGGGCACGACUCUUCUAUUUUAUCCCUGCGAUUCCCGAGAGGGUCGGUCCGUGGAGGCCGCUCCGAAGCACCUUAUUAUAGUCGAUGGCGCCAUAAUGCAGCCUAUACCCGAACAUCCGAAACGCGAUUACAUAUUUUGCCUGAGCACAGCGUUCGGCGACGCUUACCUAUUUCAAGCUCCGUGCCAAGUCGAGCUCGAGAACUGGGUGAAUAGCAUACACAGUGCAUGCGCCGCGGCGUUUGCCCGCCACCGCGGCAAAACCGGCACGCUCCAUUUGCUGCAGGAGGAAAUAUAUCGUCUCGAGAAAGCUAUAGAGUCCGAUCACAAACUGAAGCAAAUGGCAGACCUGCAGCAAUCAGUGGUGUCAGACCCGGAGACGCGCGCGCAGCUGGCGGUACAGAUGUUGCAGUGGGAGGAGAACCUGGAGCGCUUGCACUGCGAGCAGUUCCGCCUGCGCUGCUACAUGGCCAGCCUGCAGAGCGGCGAGUUGCCCAACCCUAAGUCGCUGCUGACGCACGUGUCACGAGGCACAAAGAGCACGCUGAACAAGCUGGGCGUGUUCACGGUGUCGUCGUUCCAUGCGUUCAUCUGCGCUCGCUCGCCUUCGUUGCUCAACAACUUGCUCGCCGGUCGCGGCGCCACCAAGCGACGGGCUCCCAACCUCUCCCGCUCCAACUCCGGCUCCAGUCGACGCUCCAUGCAGAUGUCACGUGAGGAGAGCGAGGCUGCGGUGCGGGUGUCCCUCCCAGAGGGCACCACUGCCACGGUGGGGGUGAGGGAAGGGAUGUCAGUGGAGGAGUUCCUCGUGGCCGCCUGCGCCCGCCGCUCCCUCAAUGCAUUGGAACACUUCGUGCGCGUCAAGAAGCGACGGGACAUGGAGGACCACAACUACUUCGUGCCACACCGCAGUGAUCUCAUUGAAACUUACUUGCAUACUCACGAAGUGGUAGAGGUAUGUGCAAAGAUCCUGUACCAAGUGGAGCUGCAACGCAACACGCUGGAACAGAUGUGGGGCUUCAGCGUGGAGGCCGAGCUGAUAGAGAACGCGGAGAGACAGGACGAGCUCUGUUGCUACGUCAGCCGCGUUGAAGACAAGAGCGUUGCCAUGCAGAACGGAAUAAUCAAAGGCGACGAGAUAAUGGUGAUCAACGGAGCGAUCGUUUCCGACCUAGAUAUGAUGUACUUGGAGAGCGUCCUGCAGGAAGAACUUUCGCUCGUCAUGAUGAUGCGGUCGUCACGUACUGAGCCGCCGGAACUGAGCGGUGUGAUGCGUGCCGCAACGGACGACAUAAUAGACUCUCUGGUGUGCCCGCCGCCGCCCAGCGAGCCACCCGUCAUCUCCGAUGACAUGAUAUCCGGGCUCAUCGUGCCCGCACCCGCUUGGAGUAAAGAACUAUACAGCCCUGAAACAGAUGCACAUGGCGGGGAUUCUGCGAGUAUUGGACCUCCAAAAGUCAGCUCUAGAACUAACUCAUUCGAAAUAGAGAAUCUUCUUAAGAGUGCGGAACAAGUGACUGGUUGGUGCCGGUCGCCUGCAGACACGCGACGUGGCAGCCCCACUGGCAGCUUGGCCAGCGCGGCCGCCACACCCUCGCGACACCUCUCUGACGCCGACAAGCUGCGCAAGGUGUUGCUCGAGCUGGUUGACACCGAGCGUGCUUAUGUCAAGCACCUAAACAAUUUAUUGGAAAAUUACUUGGAACCGUUGAAGAAGGAAACUUUUUUAUCGAACGCCGAAAUCAACGCUCUUUUCGGAAAUAUUCAGGAAAUUGUGACUUUCCAACGACAAUUCUUACAAAAUUUAGAAGAAGCUCUCGAGGCUGAGCCUAACUUCCAUCAUUUCGAAUUUUCAAAUCAAUUUAAGAAUGUCCUCUUUGCCGUAGGAAAUGCAUUCCUAUAUUACGUUAAUCAUUUCAAACUAUACAGCUCGUUCUGCGCAAGUCACAGCAAGGCCCAGAAAGUUUUGCAUCCGAAUGAGGGUAAUCAAGCUUUACAAGAGUUCUUAGCGGCGCGCAACCCCAAGCAACAACACUCCUCGACUUUAGAGUCUUACUUAAUUAAACCGAUUCAGCGGAUACUCAAAUAUCCAUUAUUACUGCAACAACUUAGAAAUUUGACUGACGUUAAUUCUGAGGAACAUCUCCAUUUAGUAGAGGCAUUGAAAGGAAUGGAAAAAGUGGCUGAGCACAUUAACGAAAUGCAACGAAUUCACGAAGAAUAUGGUGCUAUAUUUGAUCAUUUGUUUAGGCAACAUCAGAAGUCUUGCAAACAACCUAUAGAUCUCAGCCCUGGUGAUUUGUUAUACUAUGGCGGUGUAGAAUGGUUGAAUAUAUCCGAUUUCUUGGGCAAAAUUAAGAAAGGUUUGGAACUGCAUGCCAUGUGUUUCGUAUUCAAAUCCGCCGUUGUUUUCCUCUGUAAAGAAAGACUGAGACAGAAGAAAAAGUUGAUGGGUGUUUCGUCUAAGAAUAAUUCUAAUGAGGUAGAGAUAAUAAGGUACCAGGUGUUGAUACCGGUAACUGAGGUGCAGGUCCGCGCGUCUUCUGCAAAGGACAUGGACAGCCACUUCCUCUGGGAGCUCAUACAUCUCCGCAGCCAGCUGCAGCGCCGCUCAGAGAAAGUCUAUGUACUCUCUAAUAGCACGGCAGACUUCCGCAACGCGUUCCUGAAGACGAUCCGUCAGAUAAUCCGCGAGUCGGUCCGCAACAUGUCGCUGCCGAGCUCGCGGCCCGCGCCCACUCCCCCACGCGCCCCGCACACCAUCGAGCGCGACCGCGAUCGCUCCAAGCACCAGGUGCAUGUAAUGCAAGGUUCGCAGACUCUUGGAAAAACAAAGAAACCUAAAACUUCUGGACAACGUUUAUCAGCUGGCAAUAUUGAGGUCGGGGACUUGUCGCGGGAGAACUCUCAAGACGCUGAUGAGCCCCCGCAAGAUGUUUCCUCAGAUGAGCCCACAUUCAGGACCCGAAGCAAGACUGUUAACGAUUCUUCCGACGGCAGCAGCAAGCGCACGCUGCCGCCGCCGCCUCCUACGACGGACACGGACAGGUCAACGGAGCAGGGCUCCACGGAGGCGGGCUCCAAGUCGGAGGGCGAGGACGAGCCGCCGCCGCCGCCCGCCAAGCGAGGGUUAGGCAGAACUCCCAACCACCUCACCCUAAGCACGACUUCGACUUUAAGCGCUGGCAGCACCGGCAGCCAAGCGCGCCUUAUCCAGUCUUCCCACCAGCCCACUCAGUAUCAGCCAACUAUGGUCAAAGAACUAGGGUCGCCCGUGUGGAAACCGCGCGAGGUGGCGGGCGAGGCGAGCCCCGCGGCCGCGGCCGUCGCGCCCACCACGCUGCCGCGCUCGCAGCGCCCCGCGCCACGUGCGCACCACCUCUCCGCCAGCCGCAAGUCGUUGGCGCCCGAUCACCGCCACUAGCCGCCACUAGCCGCCACUACUACCCGCCAAAACCCAUUACUAAACGCCCACCCUCGCCCUCACAUACCUAGGGUUGCCACCAGUACGUCAUUAGAAAAUAUUUAUCAUCAGAUAAUAUUUCAUAUCACUCUUCUCGAGAACAAUAAAGUACACUUAAUUUCGCAUGAUUAAAUUUUCUGAUCUGAUUUUAGAUGCCGAUUUGACAGUGUAUUUCAUUCGCACAAAACUAGGUGGCAACUCUGAAGACAACGCUUUCCGAUAUUUUCUCCCCACCCAGUCCCACCGUCACUGUCCUAAAUUUUCGUGAUUAAAUUUUAGAUAUCGUAUAGUAAGUUUCAAAAUUACAAAUUGUUACUCUUUCCAGUUUAUUUGCUUGUUUAAAGUAUUAUUGAAUCCUACUUUCAGUGUAAACCUAAAGUCUGGGCUAUAAAUCGGUAUCUAUUCCUAAAGUUAAAUAUCGUUGACUUUAAAUAAUACUAUUUAAUAAGUUUUGAAACGUGGGGCGAUAUCUUUUUGUUCGGAAAAACGACUGAUGGUUUUGAAUGUCAAUAGGAAUUGUUUGUUAUACACGCUACUAUCAUACCAAAGAAGGCUUGGCGUUUUUACUGUAACAUAAAUUUUUCAAUAACAUGAUGAAUGGUGUUUUGUUUUAUAGCAAAAACGGAUAAUAUACCAACAGAACUUAAAAAUUUAAUUUAUUUUCUC